GCUAAACCCACUUCGUGUUCCUUGUAUAUUUAUUUCUCCGUUCACAGUAUCUCUCUCUAUCAAUCAUACGGAGUACAUAAUUCAUCACAGUAAGGAGAGCCAUUAGAUUAAUCAUUACCAAUCUGAAAUUCUAAUUCCAGAGCAUCAAUGGCGGCCACAUUCCAGGUGUUCCUCCUGCUCCAGCUCUUUUUUGCGGCUCAAUUCGCUCCCACCUUCUCUCAGCUUUACCCCCCAAACUUCUACCGCCGGAGCUGCCCGCGCUUCGAUAAAAUCAUGCAGGAAACGACGACAACCAAGCAGAUAAGCUCACCGACCACCGCCGCCGCCGCGCUCCGCCUAUCCUUCCACGACUGCUUCGUCGGCGGCUGCGACGCCUCCAUUCUCGUCUCAUCCACCCCCUACAACCACGCCGAGCGCGACGCCGACAUCAACCUCUCCCUGCCCGGCGACGGAUUCGACGUGGUCGUCCGCGCGAAGACUGCGCUCGAGCUCGCCUGCCCUGGAGUCGUUUCCUGCGCCGAUAUCCUCGCUGUCGCGACCCGCAACCUCGUAGUCCAGACCGGCGGCCCGUACUACCCCGUGAAACUGGGCCGGAAAGACGCGCUGGUCUCGAAUAUGAUUCAGGUGGAGGGAAAUCUACCGAGGCCUUCCAUGCCUAUGGACCAAAUCAUCCAGAUUUUCCAAUCUAGAAUGUUCUCGAUCCAGGAAAUGGUUGCUCUUUCCGGGGCGCACACAAUCGGGUUCUCGCACUGCAAAGAGUUCAGCUCCAACAUCUACACCGGGUCAUCCCGGCCCGACCCGUCAUACAAUCCGCAAUUCGCCCAGCAAUUGAGAAAUGCCUGCGCGAAUUUUACCCAGAACCCGACAUUGUCGGUGUCCAACGAUGUAAUGACGCCCGGGACAUUCGAUAACAUGUAUUAUCAGAACUUGCCCAAAGGAUUGGGGCUUUUGUCGUCCGACCGUAAACUGCAUUCGGAUCCAAGAACCAGACCGUUCGUAGAAUUGUACGCCAGGAAUCAGUCCGCUUUCUUUGAGGCAUUUGGUCGAGCAAUGGAGAAGCUCACUGCAUACGGUGUGAAGACUGGACGGAACGGCGAGAUUAGACGGAGGUGUGACGUCUUCAACCAUUGAGAUUUGUUUGAUUUUUUCCCCUGCUGCUAAUUCAUCUCUAUACGUUCAAUUAUUCAUGUAUACUAUGUAAUCUUUUUCAUUUAUUGGAUUCCCUUAUUUUUCAUCUUGACUGAAGAGUUUAUAUUCUGGAUUCCUCCAUCAAUGUUUAUAGGGAGAUUCAUAUCAUCAUAUGGGGUCGAGUGAAUUUAUUACGAAUUUGAUUUUUAGUCGUUCUUUUGAUGAAUACAA